AUGGGCAGCCCCUGGAACAGCAGCGACGGCGCGGAGGGCGCGCGGGGUCCUGCGUGGGCCGAGCUGCCGCCGUGCGAUGAGCGCCGAUGCUCGCCCUUCCCCCUGGGGACGCUGGUGACAGUGACCGCCGUGUGCCUGAGCCUGUUCGUCGUCGGGGUGAGCGGCAACGUGGUGACGGUGCUACUGAUCGGGCGCUACCGGGACAUGCGGACCACCACCAACUUGUACCUGGGCAGCAUGGCCGUGUCCGACUUGCUCAUCCUGCUCGGGCUGCCCUUCGACCUGUACCGCCUCUGGCGCUCACGGCCCUGGGUGUUCGGGACGCUGCUCUGCCGCCUCUCGCUCUACGUGGGCGAGGGCUGCACCUACGCCACGCUGCUGCACAUGACGGCGCUCAGCGUGGAGCGCUACCUCGCCAUCUGUCGCCCGCUCCGCGCCCGCGUCCUCGUCACCCGGCGCCGCGUCCGCGCGCUCAUCGCUGCGCUCUGGGUGGUGGCGCUGCUCUCCGCGGGGCCCUUCUUCUUUCUGGUGGGCGUUGAGCAGGAUCCCGACAUCCACGCGCUCCUCGACGGUAACAGCACCACGCAGCUCACCCCCUCGCACCGUGCUUCCCGGCCACCACCAGUGCCACCCCUCUGGUCCUCGCAGGCGCCACCUCUGUCCCCGCCGUCGGGGCGCGAGUCAGCAGCGGCCGCGGCGCUGUUCAGCCGCGAGUGCCGGCCGAGUCCCGCGCAGCUGGGCGCGCUGCGCAUUAUGCUGUGGGUCACCACCGCCUACUUCUUCCUGCCUUUCCUGUGCCUCAGCGUCCUCUACGGGCUCAUCGGGAGGGAGCUGUGGAGGAGCAGGGGACCGUUGCGAGGCCCGGGCACCUCGGGGCGAGACAAGGGUCACCGGCAGACGGUCCGCGUCCUGCUGGUGGUGGUUCUGGCAUUUAUAGUUUGCUGGUUGCCUUUCCACGUUGGCAGAAUCAUUUACAUAAAUACGGAAGACUCCCAGAUGAUGUACUUCUCUCAGUACUUUAACAUUGUUGCGUUGCAACUUUUCUAUCUAAGUGCAUCCAUCAACCCAAUCCUCUACAACCUCAUUUCUAAGAAGUAUAGAGCCGCUGCCUGGAAAUUGCUGCGGGCCAGACAGUCGGUACAGACAGGUUUCUGCAGAAGCAGAGACACUGAGGGGGACACGGGAGGAGAGACAGCUGGCUCUACGGAGACCAGCGCUAACAUGCUGACACCUGCCGUCAGCGCGGCCCAGCCGGUCACCUACUCCCGCAGUUCUGGGACUUCGGAGAAAACAAGUCUGCAGGGAAAUAAAGACUGAACGGGGGAGGAAAUUGAUGCGUUAGGAAGAAUUGGAAAGAGUGGUUGACAUUUUGCCAGAUGGCCAGCAACUCUGUCGGCAUGAUUUUUUCCCAACCAAAGUAUGAAAAGUAAAUAUACCAAUCUUUCUAGUUUUCCUUUCAUUGACCUCCUCUGGGACAUUCGUGUUAGCCUCAUGAAAUCCCACAUCACAAAAUGUGCUCUGGGGAGAUUUUACAAGUCUUCAUUCUCCUAGUCUUUAGAAAUACAAUUGCUCAUUUUACAAUAAGUGACAUAGGCAGAUGCUGCCAUAAAAAUGGUCGCCUCUGAGAUCAAAGGUGUAUUUUGUUUUUAUGUUGUGGAUGUACAUGUAUAUUGUGUACAUAUACAAAGA